CUGGGGUUGGCGGGAGCGCACCGCAUUCGGCUGCGGGAACGGAAAGCCACAGAGCGCCGCAGUAGGCGGGUGAGAGGGAGUGCUUCCGGCAUUACGACUUCGAGGGAAGUUUCUUGGUUUUGUUUUCUUUAGAGCGUGGUGGUAAAGGGAUACGUGGAUACGUCUUAAGGUGUAGUCCUGGUCAAGUUCGAACUCUUGGCAGUCCUGUCUUCUCAGCCUCCUAAAUGCUAGGAUUCUAGGCAUAAGCCUCCAGGCCUGGCCUGGGUAGCUUCGUAACAGUAGGAUGAGGGCUCUUCCUAGAAGGCUGAGUAGAACGGGAUGUAACAAAUCGAGCCCUCAUUGCGCUGUAUGCAGGCACUUGGAGAUAAAGAAUAAUCAAACAGCAAAGCAAAGAGUUCGUCUUAUGCCACUUUCCUGUAAGAAAAGGUAUUUAGAGCCGGGCGGUGGUAGCAAACACCUUUAAGCCCAGCAUUUGGGAGGCAGAGACAGGCGGAUCACUGUGAGUUCGAGGCCAUUCUGAUCUACACAGCGAGUUCCAGGAUCAGCCAAGGUGGUUGCACAGAAAAACCCUGUCUCAAAACAACACCAGCCUUUAGCCAGGCGGGAUAGCGCAUUGCAGCUCUGCUUCCAGCACUCCCGAGGCAGAGGCUACCAGUUGUCAGGCUUGGCAGGAUGCCCCUUCAUCUGCUGAGCCCUCUCCCGGCUGGUGAAGUCUGCUGCUGUUGAGGGACUGCCAUGAGUUGUGUGACCUUCCCUUCCAGCAGACAGCUCUGACAUGUCAUUUGAGGAGCUGUUGGCGUUGCAGAGCCAAGGGGGACCCAAGGCGUGCAAACAGUUGGCUGGAAGAAGCGCUCCGAAGCAAAGCCCCCGACAGCCUGUGUGUGUUGCCGAUAAGCACCGGCCUCUGGAAAUGUCAGCCAAAGUCCGAGUGCCAUUCUUACGUCAGGUUGUUCCCAUCAGUAAAAAGGUAGCCCGGGACCCCCGCUUUGAUGAUCUGUCCGGGGAGUAUAACCCCGAGAUAUUUGACAAGACUUACCAAUUCCUGAACGAUAUCCGAGCCAAGGAGAAAGUGCUUGUGAAAAGGCAGUUGAAGAAGCGCCGAUCAGGGGAGGAGCGUGAGAAGCUGCAGCAGCUGCUUCGGCGAAUGGAACAGCAAGAGAUGGCACAGCAGGAACGAAAGCAGCAGCAGGAACAGCGCCUGGCCUUGAAGCAGGAGAGGCGGGCUCUGGCACAGCAGGGCCAUCGGCCCUACUUCCUGAAGAAAUCUGAGCAACGCCAGUUGGCCCUAGCUGAGAAGUUCAAGGAGCUGAAACGCAGCAAGAAGUUGGAGAGUUUCCUGAGCCGAAAGAGGCGCCGAAAUGCGGGCAAGGACAGGAAGCAUCUCCCUUUGAGCAAUUAGUACUAAGGAACUGUCCCAGAGAGACCUGGGUCUGUGGGACAAGUCUGGGGUUGGCCAGUUCUGGUUCUUCCCUGGUGAAAGGCAAGCAUCAUACUCCCCCUGAACUAGGCUGCCUCAGAGGACUGGCGUGCUGCGCCCCUGGGUAUGCUAGGGCUGUCCAGCCACAGAAGCCCGGCCUUCCGUCAUGUCACAGUGCCUUCUCAGACUCGUUCAUCAUGGUCUCGUUCUCCUUCCAUUCUUUCCUUAUGACAUGGGGUAUGUUCAUGGCUCCAGGGAAGGGACUUCACGGAAGACCCACUCUGACAACAUGCUUGUUACUCAUUG